AUGCAAUACAACCGCGCCAUCGGAGAACAGAGGUACCACAAAAAACAACUGGACGCCGAGGGCGAAAGUUCAUUCCCUGAAACCAAAACCCCAUUGGCCAUAGAACGCCAAGCUGCUGCAAUGUACACCAAAAACAUAUUCUACGACUUCCAGGAAGAAAUAUGGGAAGGAAGCUUCACAUGCAAAAUCACAUGCAAGACAAAGGAUGAUGGGGGUUACAAGUACACUGUUCAUGAAACGGGGAGAAACAUAUUUGAGGUAACGCACGAAGAAUCUACUAAAAGAACAGAAUGCAAUUGUAACAAAUUCAACAGAGUAGGACUAUUAUGUCGGCAUGUGUUGGCCGUGUUCAAGAACGAAGGCGUGGAAGAAAUACCAGGAUGCUAUAUUGUUCCCCGAUGGACUAAAAGUGCGUGUGCGCAGCCAAUGUACAAUGUUGUGUGGAAAGCAUGCAGUAAUACACAGGGUGGGAAUGAAUUACGAACAAUUGCCAACCAACUUUGGAAUGAGUUCUACAACUGCAUGGGAUUGGCUAAUGGAUGCCCAACCGAAAUGGAUAUAAUGUUAUCAACAAUGCAAGAACUUAAAGGGAGGUUACAAAGCGCCAGACAACAAACCAGAGAAAGCACCACCCCACAAUCAGUGAUCGAAUCAAUACUAAACGCCACUGCACCUGCCGAGAUCCAAAUCAAACCACCAAGCGUUGCAAAAAACAAAGGUAGUGGGAAAAGAUUAAAAAGCAACAAAGCGAAAGCAACUGAAAAAGGGAAGAAAAAGGUGAGGACAUGCGCUACCUGUGACCGGCCGGGGCACGACAGCAGGAACUGUCCAGAAAGAAAAGCCCUACCAGACGAGUAG